AUGAGCGAGGAAGAAUCUUCCCCACAGACUACAGUCCGAGACCCAACCCAAGACGCUAUCAACCGCACAACAUCACACAUAUCCGGCCACGAUGCGUUCGAAUCGGCUGCCAUCAUCACUGCGUCAGAUGGCCAUGUGCCUUACCGCGAGGCAGGUGAUGAGAUCUUUGACAAAGUUUCCUCAAGACGCAAAGUUGCUAUCGUGACCGUCCUGUCAUUUGGGGCGUUUCUGUCGCCAAUAUCGAGCACUUCAGUGUUAGCGGCGACACCAGAGGUCGCGAGGACUUUCAACAGCACGGGAAGCAUUAUAAAUCUUAGUAAUGCGGCGUAUAUGAUUGUAAUGGCGUUAUCACCUUUAUUCUGGGGGCCCAUGAGCCAGGUUUAUGGAAGGCGGAGUGCAGCCCUGUCCUCUUCGACUAUUUUCUUCUUGCUCAGUCUGGCCACUGCAUUGGCUCCUGACCUCACCUCGUUUAUCGUCUUUCGGGCGGCUUCGGCGUUCGGGGGCACAGCCUUCAUUCUCAUCGGCCCAGCAUGCAUUGGUGACAUCUACCGUCCAAUAGAGCGCGGUGCAGCAAUGGGGUGGUUUCUGACCGGCACACUUGUUGGUCCUGCAUUUGGACCAUUUUUGGGCGGUAUCAUCGUAACAUGGUCUUCGUGGAGGACUAUCUUUUGGCUUCAGACAGGACUGGCUGCUGCCGGAGUACUCGGCGUGUACUUUGUUGUAUGCGAAACAGCUCAUCACCUCAAGAUCAACGAUCUGAAAAGCCUCUCGGGCAAGAAAAGGACACUGAAGGUUCUCGGCAUGAUCAGCCCGAUGCGAGUCUUGCGCCUAUUCCAAUUCUUCAAUAUUGCACUGGUGGCUUUUGGCAGUGCAUCCUUAACCUGGAACAUGUACAGCCUCCUAACACCGGUCCGUUAUGUUUUGAAUCCCCGCUUCAAGCUCGACUCGCCGUUGCUUUCGGGUCUGUUUUACCUGGCACCCGGCUUCGGUUACCUGGUAGGGACUUUCGGAGGUGGACACUGGGCGGACAUGAUGGCCAAGCGAUGGAUCAAGAAACGUGGAGGUGUCCGUAUACCAGAAGAUCGACUUCGAUCCACCCUGCCUUUCAUGGGCGCAAUCAUGCCGGGAAGCAUGCUGGUAUAUGGCUGGAGUGUCGACAGGGAGGUUGGAGGUAUUCCAGUGCCUGUUAUCGCCAUGUUCGUACAGGGCGUGGCGCAAUUGUUUUGCUUUCCCUCGUACAACACUUACUGUCUCGAUGUCAUGCCUGGCCAUGGGGCAGAGGUGGCUGCAACCAACUUCUUCGCGAGAUACCUGGUUGGCUGCAUCGCUUCGGCUGUAGUUCUACCGGCAGUCGAAGCUGUCGGCAUUGGAUGGUUUUCGACCAUCUCAGCAGCGUAUUUGAUAGGCUCAGCUCUGGCGACCAUGGCAGCAAUUCGAUGGGGGAAAGGCUGGCGAGAGAGAACUCAAGCACGGUUAGAGGGUCCCAAGGAAGAUGAGAACGAGAUCAAAGCCGAUCAUGAUAUGGAUACAGAUCGAUCCAAAAGUGCUCAAAUAUUGGGGCCAAGCUUUGCGUUUGACGGGAGUGAUCCAGAACAGCAGAGCCGAAACAUAGGCCGUGAGACCUGA